GACACGACGCAUCCUGUCUAUAUUUUUCUGCCCCCUCUCGCAUUGUUCCGGUCGUCUCCUAAUGCGUAGCUCAUGUCUGUGUUUCUUUUACUAGUUGUAAUAUUGUUUUGCUUUGUAUUUUCUUUUUGUCUACUACUGCCCUACAACAAUGCCUUAGAGCGUAGGUAGGCAUGUAAAAAAAGCAUGUGCUUAGGCACACGCUUGCUGCGCAAUGUGACAGACGCGGCGAUCAUCUCAAAGAACUAGCUGGAUUCCCCGACUGAUUUUACAAGUUUGAUUUGUGUUUAAUUUCUACUGAUCAUUCACUUCUGGUGGGUUUAGUGUAAGCGAUAAUGUCUUGCUUCCCUGUAAAAAAAGGGGAAAAAAAAUACGGCAGCUUGUGACUUAGUGCUUAAUCGGGCUGCUAUGCUGGGGAAACUACCUUCGGUCCCCACCAUCUGUCACGUAAUUCAAAUGUUCUUUUUGUUAACUGUGCGCUGUUCGGUAAGACAGCAGCAGCACCCAGCAGCCCAGCAGCCGCGGCUAGCAAAAUCCCGGAGGGUUCGCAAGGAAGGCUUCGCUUUAAAACUGUAGCUGACAGCUUGGAAACGUAGGUAACAUUUGUUUUCCUCACAAAACCAGCAUGUAUGGUUUUGUUCGCUACAGUAUGUAGCUAGUCAUUUCAUCUGUCGUUGUGAGGCAUAUUGAAAACGCGGGUGUGUGCCGUGUUUGAAGCGAUCAACAUCAACAGACAGAGGAAGAAGUAGAAGUGGAGGACCAGAGAUGGCUGCCGUUCCCACCGAAAACGCGACUGUUUCUCAAGGGCAGAAGAUCAACGACGGGGUCUCUCGGCGGCCACGUUCCUCAAGCAAGCGAUGCGUCUGUUGGGUAGUAGCUGCCUUGCUGAGCGGCUGCCUCAUCACUGCCUUGGCGGUCUUUGUGCUCCUACCAGUCGUUUCAAGAUCUGGCACUAAAGCACCAAGAGGCUGCCUCAUCGCGAGGACCGCGAACGGUUACGCCAAGGGAAGCCUACUUCAGUUCAAGAUCAACGGCACAUCGUACAACUCCGUCGCCUUCUACGGCAUCCCGUUCGGCGCCUCGACGACCGGAGACGGGCGGUUCGCUGAGCCCCGAUGCGCCCAGCCCUGGCACGACCUGUUCAACGCCACGUACAAGCGACCCCCCUGCGCCCAGUCGGACACGCAUUUUGGUCGCACUUACUUCAUCGACGCCUCGAACACCACCGAAGACUGCCUGCACAUCAACGUCUGGGUGCCCGGCAAAUGCGUGACCGACCUGUUGGGCGGCGAAAACCACCGCGCCGUCGUCUUCUGGCUCUUCGGUGGCUCCUUCGUGGGCGGAGGCAACAGCUACGACUUCUACGACGGCCGCUUCGUGGCAGGCUUGGGAGACGUGCUCGUCGUCACGCCUAACUACCGGGUGACGUCCUUCGGCUUCCUCAACUCGGGAACGGGCCGUGAAGUUGCGGGCAACAUGGGGCUGUACGACCAGCUUCUGGCGCUCCGCUGGCUUCGGGAAAACGUCCACUGGUUUGGCGGCGACCGUGACCGCAUACUAAUCGCCGGACAGAGCGCCGGCGCCAUCGCGUCCUCCAUGUUGAUGGCGAGCCCGAUAAUGUCGCAGUACGGCCCGUACCGCAGGGCGUUUCUCAUGAGCGGCUCGGCGUACGUUCCGCUGCCCCCGAACAAGGGACCCAACGCGGGAUGGAGCUUCUCGCGCCUGGCCUCCAACGCCGGCUGCCAGUCGGCGCGCGUCGCCGACGCUGUGCACUGCCUCCGAAACCGGAGCGCGCCGGAUAUCUUGAAGGCCACCAAGAAUAUUUCUCUGUUUUUCAUGCCAUCCUUCGAGGCGCCCCUAUUUCCUGGCAAGAUGGACUCUCUCGAACGGCGGUUCGUAGCGGCCCGAGCGCGGGACACACUGAUCUCCAACGUGGCGAUGGAAGGGGAGGCCUUCUUUCAAAUGCUCAUGCCACACAUAGCAGGUACGCAAAAAAAGAUCACGGCGCAAGUGCUGAAACAAACUUUUCCUUAUUUGUUCGGCGACGCGUCGGACUCUGUGAUGGAGUUGGUCAUUCCUUUCUUGAAGACCGUGUACGACCUUGAAGCCCCCAACCACCGCGGUUGGAUACAGGUUAUCGGUGACACCAUGUUCCGUUGCCCCGUUGCUUCCUUCGGGAAAAGUUUGGCCACCCUGGGAAAGAAUGUGUACUACUUGCAGUACACGCCCAGACCUUCUUUUUCCCCGUUUCCCGGAGAAAAUGCGACGCACGGAGACGAUGUGCCAAUGCUGUUUGGGCUCCCGUACACCUACCCGCACUUGGCUACUGACGAAGACAGGGCGAUGUCCUACCGCAUGAUCACGAUGGUGUCCAGCUUCGCAAAAGACGGGUCUCUCCCAAGCCUGGAGGACGGGAGUCCCUGGCCGCUCUUCUCGAAGGCUUCCAACUACUCGUUCGUCGACCUCGCACACUCCGGGUUCACGCUUGGCGGCACCACUCCCGAGUGUCCCUUGCUAGAGAUCAUGAGGAUGAUCUUGAACCCGGACAAGUCGGACCGGCGAGCUAUCGACAGUGCUUGGACGCCCGAAGUCGUCAGCUUGGCACUGGACAUGCUUGCCGCGAUACCGGCGCGAGCUCUUGAGAUCGCCGCCACCACUCAUGCCCAUGCUUACAAAGGCCAAUGAAUAUGCCAUACGCUCGAACCCUCCAGUGUUCACUGCGCCUUUCGGGGUGUUAAAAAGCUAUCAGCUUGCAACACGUUGUGCGUCGUUGAUGAAUUGCCCAUCUGAGGGGCGUUUGUUUUCAUUACAGUGGUUUCACCAAGAUAAAUUGCAAAGAAUAAGGGCAA